UUAUCAUUCAGCAUUGAGAGGAUGCAUUCAUUUAUUUGCCUCUCCCACUCAUUCGUUAUUUUCCAGUUGAAGUCGCGUCGACACUUACGCAUUUAUCUUUGAAAAAAAUUGUUUGUUCUCAACAUUGUUAUAUUCGUUUAUAUAUGUUGCACUACUUGUCACGCUAUCGUAAUUGACUUACGCGCGCGCGGUGAUAUAUACAUAAUAUAUAUACAUAUAUCUACGUUAAAAUAUUUUUUUUAAUUUUCGAAAUUUAUUUAUUUUUAAGCUGUGGAUGCUAUAUAUAAAAUAAAUAUAGUAAAACUAAAGAUCGUUGAGCAUGCAUGUUUUUUCACUGCCUGAAACUUUCUCCUUAUUAUUUUAUGUUUAAUUUCUAUAUACUUGUAGGUAUUUUUUACAUACAUAUAUGCUUUUUACACUACAUUACAAAUGCAAACAGAAUUAUAUGAAAAUGUGCCGCGAAACGCGAAUUAAUGCAUCAAUUGGCAUGCUGCUGUGAAUAAUAUUUGAUGACUUAUCACAUUUUUGCAUAUUCUUCAUUUUAAUAUCGCCUUCCAUCAAAAAGAUAGAACAUCGAUAUGUUUACUUUAUCUUACCCUGUUAAGAAUCGCGAUGUAUUUGCAUCGAUUACAGUUUACGCGUAUCGUCUAAAAAUGUGUGGAUGUAUGAUAUCAUCAAUGACGUCAUCCUUGGUUCCGCGCUCAAAACGUAACGCUUCAGUCAGUCGCUGACGGCCGGUGUGCAACAACGUGUUUUCUUCAGAACUAUCAUUAGAACGAAGUGACGAUGUCUCAUACAGUGACGAUUAGAACUCAAACGGUAACGAGCAGCUCGUCGACGAUUGUUCUUAACACUGGCUACUUAAAAACUUGGAGUGGUAUUUUAAAACUGCUGCAAGUGGCACUGGGAAUAGUUUGCGUAGGAAUCGUUGGUCACGAAUUUAGUAAUGUAUAUCGGAGUACCGCAGAUCUUUUCUUUCUUCUCAUAACGACCACUUUUAUGAUUGGCAGUUUUAUUCUUCUUCUCAGUUGUUUAACAUCUUUUUCUACUGCAUCUAUUAUGGCUAAAACUAUACAUGAAAUUAUUUAUCAUUCCAUUGCAUUUGGAUUGCUACUUGCAGCCUCAUUGACACUUAUGGUGCACAUUAAUAAUUAUAGGAGAUAUAACUAUGAGUUGUUAUUAGGCGCUUCUAUUUGUGGUCUGGUAAAUGCGGGUUUAUAUCUCUUCAGUACGAUCAUUGCCCUUCGUACUUACAGAGGGAUCUAAGCAAUCAAAUUACGACAUUGUUACUAACAAAAACAAAUUUCUUAUGUACGAAUCGCAGCAAAACGUCUUAUAAGUAAACUAUAUUUUAGGAAUUUUAUUUAAUUAAAUUAAUGCAAGUUGUACAACGAAUUUUGACUGCCGGAUGACAUUUGAUACUUGGCAAGUAUUGAAAAAGUGCCUAAGAAUAUUUUUAUGUUACAUAUUUUAUAAAAUUCUUAUAGCAUUCACAUAUUUUUUACUUUGAUACACUAAUUAUUAUUCUCAGAUAAAAUUGCGAGAUUGUAAUGCUCAUAUACACUAGAUAUUAUUUGCGUUAUUUAUCCUAAGGGUAAAUAAAAUAAUUUAAUAACUUGAAAAAUUAUAUUAUUGUAUAUUAUUGGAUAUAUAGUUAGAUAUAAAAUUGUUAUUUUUCAAAAGAACGAAAAUUAAAAUAAGGAUUACGCGAUCUCCAUAUUACCUCAAAUCGUAUCCGAAUUUUAUAUUGGGUAUAUUUUGCAUUAAUAUGCGCUAUUUACAUUUAAAUUAUGGGCUCGCUAUGAUGUGUGAUUUUAAUCAAUAUUCUUGCAGAAUCUACUUAAUGUAAAUGUAAUCAUGUAUUUAUUUUAUAUGUGCAUGUAAUAUUUAUAAUUGUCGAAUAAAUAAUCGAAAAAGAA